CGAGGUGAAAGCGUGGUCCUGAUAAGGUUUUGGAAAGAAUGAGCGUGGAAGAUCUUCCUCGGAAGGAGGUGAACGUGCUGAAGGGGCACGAGGGCGCCGUACUUUCCGCAAGGUUCAACGCUGAUGGCAACUACUGCCUCAGCUGUGGCAAAGACCGCACCAUACGCCUCUGGAAUCCCCACCGCGGCAUCCACAUCAAGACCUACAAAUCCCACGGCCGUGAAGUCCGCGAUGUCCAUGUCACUUCGGACAACUCCAAGCUAUGUUCGUGUGGUGGAGAUCGCCAGAUUUUUUAUUGGGAUGUAGCUACAGGCCGUGUAAUUCGAAAGUUCCGUGGUCAUGACGGUGAGGUCAAUGCUGUGAAAUUCAAUGAGUAUUCCUCUGUGGUAGUAUCAGCUGGAUAUGAUCAAUCCUUGCGUUCUUGGGACUGCAGAUCCCACAGCACCGAGCCUAUGCAGAUUAUUGACACAUUUUCAGAUAGUGUCAUGUUUGUUUGCUUAACAAAUACUGAAAUCAUUGGAGGAAGUGACGAUGGAACUGUUCGAACCUUUGACAUUCGCAUUGGCAGAGAAACAUCUGAUAACUUGGGGCAACCGGUUAACUGCAUAUCCAUGUCAAAUGAUGGUAACUGCAUUCUAGCUGGUUGUCUCGACUCUACUCUGCGGCUUUUGGACCGAUCUACAGGGGAGUCAUUGCAAGAAUAUAAAGGGCACACUAAUAAGUCAUUUAAAUUGGAUUGCUGCCUUACCAAUACGGAUGCUCAUGUAACUGCUGGCUCUGAGGAUGGCUACAUCUAUUUUUGGGAUCUUGUAGAUGCAUCGGUCGUGUCAAGAUUCAGGGCUCAUAACUCAGUGGUAACAAGCGUAAGUUAUCACCCAAAGGAGAAUUGCAUGGUAACUGCUUCUGUGGAUGGCACCAUUCGAGUGUGGAAGACAUAGGAACAAAAUGCAAGCAGGAAGCUUCUCGUGUCUACUCGGCCCAUACCAAUGCCCAAAUAGAGCAAUAAUGACUUGUCCAACACCAGUUGAAGCCCACAGAAACCGUGUUACUUCAGCUUAUAUUAUAUUAGUAUAUAUGCAAAUGUUCCUUAUUGUUAAUACAAGGUGUGAGUCUUAGCUACUGAAUCUCUGAUCUCCUGUCAAAUGUAGGGUAUCAGGGUAUGGGUUAUUCUAGUUUUAACCUGUUAUCCUUUUCAUUGGGCAAGCAUUUUUUGCUAGUGAAGUUGUUGGUGAAUAAGUGGAUGUAUACUUUUAUUUUAGUGAUGUGAUUCUUCAGUCUUUAUUAUUGAUUUCC